AUGAGGUUCGAGAACAACUCGCAUCUCCUCGCCGAUUCCCGCCAAGCCGACGACUACUGGAGACUCCUUCUCAAGAGCGGCGGAGUCGUCUCCCUUGACACGGAGUGGGCGCUCGGCCAGGGCUUGCGGCCGUCAGCGCAGUCGCCGACGGAUGCGUCCCAGAGCAUCUACCAGAUCGACGUUUUCCACGCGCUCCACUGCUUGAAUUCGAUACGGCAGAACCUCAUGUCCAAAACGCCCCCUCCCUGGGACGAGAAGCACAUGCUGCACUGCCUUGACUACGUGAGACACCAGCUACUAUGCCAUCCAGACCUCACACUCGUGCAUACAAACGACCUGGAAGAGUUUGUUUUGGACCAAAGUCAUUCAUGCAGAGAUUAUGGGGCACUGGUCGAUUGGGUCCAUCGCCAUCGCUGGGUCGAGUUUCCCGAGUGGUUGAAAGCCAAAGGCACCAAGGCGACGCACAAUCACGCAAUACGAUAA